AUGUCUCCAGAAUUCGAAGCGAAUCUUUUGAGGAUCCUGGAAAAUCAAGGCCGCAUUCUUGCAGAGUUGUCAGCUUCCCGGGCGGCAGAAGCUCAAGCUAGUCAAGCAGGACAAGGGGACGGUAAUCUGCAACGCAGUCAGCAGCAUCCGGAAGAACCACGUCUGCGGAAUCAAAGCGAGUUUCUGAUCGAAUCGUUGUCAAGCGCAAUCAACGAGUUCAACUACGACCCGGAAGCAGGAAUAACAUUCGAAGCCUGGUUUGCCAAAUAUGAAGAUCUGUUUGAAGAAGACGCUCGAGCUCUGGACGGACCGGCCAAGGUUCGAUUGCUGCUUCGAAACCUCAGCACCGUAGCGCAUAAGAAGUAUGUGAGCUACAUCCUUCCGAAGAAGCCGAAGGAAGUGACUUUCGAUGAAACCAUCAAGACAUUGAAGUCCAUCUUCGGUCGUCAAACAUCGCUCUUCAAUCAACGUUACCAGUGUCUGCAACUCAAGAAGGAUCCGACCGACGACUACUUCACCUACGCUGGAGUUGUGAAUGAAAAGUGCGAAGAAUUCAAGCUCUCGGAGAUCAACGCGGACCAAUUCAAGUGUUUGAUGUUUGUUUCCGGCCUGAAUUCAAGCAAGGACUCGGAUGUUCGGACAACCCUUCUAUCACGGAUCGAGAGUUCCAAUCCCGCUACGCCGAUGACCCUACGCUCGCUAGCAGAGGAAUGCCAGAGACUCCUGAAUCUGAAACGAGACACCGCCAUGAUCGAGAAGACCGGAGGAAAACAAACCGUUUGUGCAGUGAAGAAUUCAUCAAAACCGCCGCACAACAGCAAACCGCAAUCCGAAAUUCCGAACACACCAUGUUGGAGAUGCGGCGACAUGCAUUAUUCGAAGAAUUGCCCCUACCUCCAGCAUGAGUGUAAAUCCUGCAAGAAAACUGGACACAAGGAAGGUUAUUGCUCCUGUUUCAAGCAAAAGGAUAGGAAGAAGAAGCGUCCAUUCAAGAAUAACGCUGUGGCUAAAGCACAAGGUCUGUACACCAUCAAUCAGGUCAGUAUCGCAGCCAGACGUAAGUUCGUGAACCUGGAGAUCAACGGACAUCCAGUACGACUACAACUAGACAGCGCAGCAGACAUCACCGUGAUUUCAUCGGACGUGUACAAACAAAUAGGCAGCCCCGUUGGAAGUUCAGCAUCCAUCAACGUUGUUAACGCAUCAGGUGACGACAUGGGCCUUAUAGCUGAAUUCGAAUGUACCGUUACUUUGAACGACGUCGUGAAGCAAGGAAGAUGUUACGUCACAAACGUGGACAAUCUCAACUUGUUCGGCACCGAGUGGAUCGAGCUGUUUGGAUUGUGGGACGUUCCGUUCAACGCAGUCUGCAAUCAAGUCUCCUCAAAAUCACAUCCAAAAUCGGAAGAACUUGUCAACCGUCUACGAUCGAAAUUCAAGAACGUGUUCAGUGAAGACCUUGGAUUGUGCACUAAAAAGAAGGUAUCGCUAUCAGUCAAGCCAGGUACCAAGCCCGUAUUUCGUCCAAAGCGUCCAGUUCCGUAUGCAUCAACAGAGAAGAUUGAAGCCGAGCUGGAUCGUCUACAAGGUUUGGGAAUCAUUUCGCCAAUUCCAUACUCCGAGUGGGCGGCUCCCAUCGUUGCUGUACGAAAACCGAACGGCAAAGUGAGAAUUUGCGCGGACUAUUCCACCGGACUAAACGAAGCUUUGGAACCGAAUCAACAUCCGUUACCGUUACCACAGGACCUGUUUGCGAAGCUGGCGGGCAAGAAGUACUUCACUCAAAUCGAUUUAUCCGAUGCUUAUCUACAAGUAGAAGUCACGGAAGAGUCCAGGAAGAUGCUGUCAAUCAACACUCACAAAGGCUUAUUCCAAUUCAAUCGACUUUCCCCUGGUGUCAAGACGGCCCCCGGCGAGUUCCAGCACAUCGUGGACAAUAUGAUUGCGGAUUUGGAGGACGUAAAAUGUGGAAGAUGCAUUGCAAACAUUCCUUCAAGCAUAUCGUUACACACCCAACCCUUCUCUACCGGACAGUAA